AUGGACAGCAAGACUAUAGGCAUUCUCGGCGGCGGCCAGUUGGGCCGUAUGGUGGUGGAGGCCGCUCAUAGGCUCAACAUCAAAACUGUGGUACUUGACGCCGCAGGUUCGCCCGCCAAACAGAUCAACGCUUUGGACUCCCAUGUGGAUGGCUCUUUCAAGGACGUCGAAGCCAUCACUCAGUUGGCGAAGAAGUGUGACCUUUUAACAAUUGAGAUUGAGCACGUGGACGUGGAGGCGCUCAAGUCGGUGGAGAAGAAGUUGGGUGUUCCCAUCUACCCUUUCCCUGAGACCAUCAGAUUGAUCCAGGACAAGUACCUCCAGAAGACCCAUUUGCAACAGCACGGCGUGGAUGUGGUGGAGUCUGUGGCUGUUGAGGAGAACUCUGAAGAGGCGCUUGCUGCUAUUGGCCAGAAGUUUGGUUUCCCUUUCAUGUUGAAGUCGAGAACUAUGGCCUACGAUGGUAGAGGAAACUUUGUGGUGAAGACGAAGGAGUCUAUUCCCGAGGCUCUUGAGUUCUUGGCCAACAGACCUUUGUACGCCGAAAAGUGGUGUCCCUUCACCAAUGAAUUGGCCGUCAUGGUCGUCAGGCUGAUUGAAGGCGAGGUCUUUGCUUACCCUACCGUGGAGACUCACCACAAGGACAACAUCUGCCACCUUGUGUACGCCCCAGCCCGUAUACUGGACACUUUGCAAAAGAAGGCUUCUAUUUUGGCCCAGAAUGCCGUCAAGUCGUUCCCUGGUUGCGGCAUCUUCGGUGUGGAGAUGUUCUUGUUGCCUAACCACGAGCUUUUGAUCAACGAGAUCGCACCUAGACCCCACAAUUCUGGCCACUACACCAUUGACGCCUGCGUUACCUCCCAGUUCGAGGCUCACGUCAGAGCCGUGGCUGGCUUGCCUUUGCCCAAGGGCUUCUCAAAUUUUGCUACCACCAACACGAAUGCCAUUAUGCUCAAUGUGCUUGGUGACAAGAAGAAGAACGGCGAGUUGGCAGUCUGCCGCAGAGCUAUCGAAACCCCCAACGCAUCUGUGUAUUUGUACGGCAAGGAGAGUAAGCCCCAGCGUAAGAUGGGUCACAUCAACGUCGUUGGUUCCUCUAUGGCUGAAGCCGAGAACAAACUCAGGUUCAUCAUGGGCGAGUCUUCCUCCCUUCCUAAAGAGGCUGAGCCACAGGAGAAGCCCUUGGUGUCGAUCAUCAUGGGCUCCGACUCGGACUUGCCUGUCAUGUCUGUCGGGGCUAAUAUCUUGAAGAAGUUUGGCGUUCCCUUCGAGGUUACCAUUGUUUCUGCCCACCGUACUCCGCACAGAAUGUCCAAAUUCGCCAUUGAGGCAGCCGGCAGGGGUAUCAAGGCGAUUAUUGCCGGUGCUGGUGGUGCUGCCCAUUUGCCAGGUAUGGUGGCUGCCAUGACCCCAUUGCCUGUGAUUGGUGUUCCUGUUAAGGGCUCCACCCUUGACGGAGUGGACUCUUUGCACUCGAUUGUGCAGAUGCCCAGAGGCAUCCCUGUGGCUACUGUGGCGAUCAAUAACAGUACCAAUGCUGCAUUGUUGGCGAUCCGUAUUUUGGGUGCUUACGAUUACAAGUGGUUGGACGAGAUGAGCCAGUACAUGAACAACAUGGAGGAGGAAGUUUUGGGCAAGGCCGAGCGUCUUGAAGACGUGGGUUACGAAAAUUACUAG